AUGGAGGAGAUGGGGGAGAUGGGGGAGACGGCGAUGUAUGCGCGUACGACGAAGAUCUCUCCUGGAUGUGCGAUCAUGUUAUGUAAUUGGCGUCCUGUGAUUCCGGCGGUCAUAAAUCACAACAGCGGUUUGGAAGGUUUCGAUUCAGGAGGAGGAGAAAAGAGGGCAAGAGAGGAGGCAGAAAAGAGUGAGGCUGGUGGAAAGAGGCCAAGAAUCAAGGUGCCAGCGGCAGGCAAGGCUCCAAGAAUUGAGGUGGCAGUAGAAAAGAGUGUCGAGGCACUAGCAUCGGCAAGCAAGACUCUUGACGAGUAGGUGUUGUUGCUUUCA